AUGAGCACUCUCCGCACGACGACCGACGCCGAGCGUACUGUCAUUCUGUCGCCCGAGAAACCCACGGCCGCUGUCGUGUUCCUCCACGGGUUGGGCGACACCGGUCACGGCUGGAAAGACGCGAUGACAGUGCUGGCCAAAAAGCUGCCACACGUAAAGUUUGUGCUGCCGACCGCGUCGUCCAUGGCCGUGACGCUCAAUAUGGGCAUGCAGAUGCCGGCAUGGUACGAUAUCAAGUCGCUCGCUCGCGUGGAUGGCGACAAUGCCGACGGAAUUGACCAGUCCCGUGACCGUAUCCUGUCGAUCAUUGAAAAAGAGGUGGCGCAAGGCAUUCCUCUGUCGCGCAUUGUGCUCGGUGGGUUCAGUCAAGGUGCAGCGCUGUCGAUGUUCUCGGGGUACCAGACAGCGACGGCACUGGGUGGGGUCAUUUCCAUGUCGGGAUACCUCCCGCGUUUCAGCUCAUUUCAGCUCUGUCCGGAGACGGCGAACGUGCCGCUGCUCAUGUGCCACGGCGAGCAGGACCCAGUCGUGCGCUUCGAGUACGGCUCGAUGUCCAGGGAGAAGCUAGAGGCGGUAGGCGUGAAAGACGUCGAGUUCCACUCGUACCCGGACAUGGAGCACAGCGCGUGCAUGGAAGAGUUGAGCGACGUGACCAAAUGGCUUCAGCGCGUGAUCCCGGAGACGCACAACUAG